ACGCAUGCGCGGGGGGGCGGGCCGGUGGCGCGUGCCCGGGGCGAGGUGGAUGUCUGGGUUGCGGGCGCUCUUGGGGCUCGGGCUGCUGGUGGCGGGCUCGCGGCUGCAGCCCGUGCGAAGCCAGGCCGGCGUCUGCCGCGCAGUACUCCCCUGGUCCGGGGCACAGCGGCUAAGCUCGGCCAGUCGUGGGAACUCCAAAGUCAUGGCGGGCACGGCGGUGAAAUACCUGAGCCAGGAGGAGGCGCAGGCCGUGGACCAGGAACUAUUUAACGAAUACCAGUUCAGCGUGGACCAACUCAUGGAGCUGGCUGGCUUGAGUUGCGCCACAGCCAUCGCGAAGGCAUAUCCCGCUGCGUCCUUGUCCAAGAGCCCCCCUGCUGUCCUGGUCAUCUGUGGCCCAGGGAACAACGGAGGAGAUGGCCUGGUCUGUGCCCGACACCUCAAACUCUUUGGUUACCAACCAUCCAUCUAUUACCCCAAGAGACCUAACAAACCACUCUUCACUGCACUGGUGACUCAGUGUCAGAAAAUGGACAUCCCUUUCCUCGGUGAAAUGCCUUCAGAGCCCCCGAUGAUUGACGAGCUGUAUGAGCUGGUGGUAGAUGCCAUCUUUGGCUUCAGCUUCAAAGGCGAUGUUCGUGAGCCAUUCCGCAGCAUCCUUAGUGUCCUGCAUGAACUCACUGUGCCCAUUGCCAGCAUCGACAUUCCCUCAGGAUGGGAUGUGGAGAAAGGCAGCUCUGGAGGGAUCCAGCCAGACAUGCUCAUCUCCUUGACAGCACCUAAAAAGUCUGCAACCCAGUUUACUGGUCGCUACCAUUACUUGGGGGGUCGUUUUGUACCACCUGCCCUGGAAAAGAAGUACCACUUGAACCUGCCACCCUACCCUGACACCGAGUGUGUCUAUCGUCUGCAAUGAGGGAGGCAGGCCUGGAGCAGCAUCUCGUCAGUCAGACUGUGAGGGCAGAUGAAGAGUUACACUGGUGGAAGGGCUCAACCUCUCCUCCCCUCCAGAAUGUUUCGGUACUGAGUUUUUGUUCAAGACCUGGCAAUUUUCAAGUUGCUACAGACACAAAAGGAUAACCGCCUCCCCGAGAAGCCCCUGAAACAUCCAGCUUGAUAUUUUAUUCAUGAUCAAGGGUAUUUCCCACAUGGCCCAGGGCUAAGAGGAGGCUCUCACAUCUUUGGAGGCGUGGGCCCUUGCUUGUCAUCAGUGCAGCUCUCCAAGUCUCUGUCUGGCUUUUCUUCACCUGAAGUCAGUGUGGCUGUCUAGACAGGGGAUCAAAAGGGGACCAUGGGGAUGGACAAGGCCUACUUGACUGACACACAUCCCUCUUCCCUUGUAGAAGCCCACCAGGAGUUUAUAGCCCUAGGCUGGAAUCUGCCAGCCCCCAACACUGUUGCAGAGCCAGGGAGAACUAUGGCCUGCAUGCCUCAUCUUGAGUAGGAAGUGGGCUGUAGUAGCUGGGAGGUAGAGCAGUUUUGCCUCUGGCUCAUAGCUGGCUGGUAUGCGUAAGGAAGAAAGUGUUUUGGGUCACCAGGUCCUCCCAGUAAGUGCUGUAACUGAUAAUAAAGUGGCACAGUACCUCCCACCCAA